AUGGCCUCGACCCUACCGUAUCGACCAUCGAACGACUCGCUGUCUGCUUCCAAUAACAAAACAAAUGGCCUCCCUAGACUUUCCCCAGCUCCUUCAUUCGUGGGCCGCUCAGCAAGCGGCUCUCAAAUGUCCUUUCGGCGCACAUCGACGGAAAAUGCGGUGGGGUAUAAGCAGCGACGAUGCAAGUCACAAUACCCACUAGAUUCACCAGAGCGCCAUGUGGAAUAUAUUCUGGUCGCAUCCUUUCACAUUGAUCGGGGUCCGAUCAUGGAACACCAAUACCCGGCGGCCAUCAGUGGCGAUGAGAGCAUGUUAGCGGAGCUAAUGCUGCCGGAUCAAACCCAUGUGCGGAGUCAGGACUGGACGAUAUUCUUCCUGCAUAAGGAUACUAGUGGUGAAGAGGAGGAGGAAACAGAAGACGGAAAGAAAAAGAAGAAGCGCAAGUCAAAAUACCAUGCGAACGAGGAGGCAGCGCAUCUCCAGGAUGAAAAUCCAGACGACGCCUCGGAUGGAGAAAGCACUGAUGAUGAGGAGGGUGGAGAAGGUCCACCCUUGAUGUAUGUUCUCAACUUGGUAAAUACCAAGCAAGAUCAUACAGUUCGAAGAGGCGCGGUCGUCAAGGCGAUGGCAAUUUGCACAAGGCAUUCAUUUCUUCACAUUUACAAGCCGCUCCUCCUACUCGCAUUAGAAGACUACUUCAAAUCACCUUACCCCGAGACUCUGGCUUCACUCUACGACGCCGUGAAUUCCAUGGACCUUUCGUUGAUGCCCAAAAUGUCACUCCUAGAACGCCACAUAUUACAAUCCAGCAACACCAAAGAAAUGUUUCUCGAGAAAUUUGAGCAAAUGGUCCGCCAACGGGAAGAAGAGGAGGCCGACAAUGGAGAUGUCCCACCGUCACCGAAGAAGUCGACGAGCCGAUAUGUCCUACCACGGGAUACCCACGAAUUUGAGUCAAAAGUGGUGUAUAACGACAUACCGAUCCCAGUCAAAAUACCUACAGUCAUCUGGCCAGAAACCGUGGGCGAUUUCUCUCUGAUCAAACUUAUUCAAACGUUCGCGGGUCCCCAUGCUACAUCUCCGCAACCUUUCCCAAACCAUCCCCAUUUGACAACAAGUGGGCCACUUACUCAUCCAAUUAUUGUUCUCGUCAACGCCAUCCUCACUCAGAAACGAGUUGUCUUCCUGGGGCAUAAUCGACCAUCUGGUGAAGUAGCUGAGGCGGUCCUUGCUGCCUGUGCUAUUGCAUCUGGCGGGAUUUUGCGUGGAUUCACUCGCCAUGCUUUCCCUUACACUGAUCUAACGAAGAUUGAUGAUCUUCUCAAGGUGCCUGGGUUCAUUGCAGGUGUCACAAAUCCCACAUUCGCUAAUCAUCCAGAGUGGUGGGAUGUACUCUGCGACUUACCGACGGGUCGGAUGAAGAUCUCGAGCCAUGUUGAACCUGCACCUGUAACAGAGGGCCUUUUGUUUUUCCAACAGCAGAAUUCACUGUUGCCCAAUCAAGCCUCUCACGCCAACCAAGAUCCUACGGGCGACAACUUGUUCAUCGAAGAUAUUCUGCGUAGCAUCAGUAAUCGACAUGGCGAGAAUGCGAUCCGAGCGAAAUGGCGGGCAUAUAUUAUGAAGUUCACUCGCGUCGCCGCUGCCUUUGAGGAAGCCGUUUACGAUUCAUCGGAUCCAUCCUCGCUUCGAGGCCACGGCUAUGUAUGGACGGACGAAGUUGCCAAGCAGCGUGAGCUUUCAGCAUCAGUCUCCCGGAUUGAAGGCUGGAGAAACACGCGAUCAUACUAUUCAUAUAUUCAAGAUAUAGCUGCAAUGUAUUAUCCCGCACGCCCUAUCCAGCGACCCGAUUUACAUCAUCAUCAUGAUCGACUGAGAUCUCUCAAGCUCUCUCACGCAGACGCGGGUGCUAUCUACCUUGCCCUUUCCCAUGCAGUGAAGGAUUAUACUGGCAUCUGCCAGUUGUUGGCAGUUGCUCCGGAGAACCAGGCUGGCCUGUUCUACCUCAGCAUGGGUCUUUUCCAUCCAGACCAAGUCGUACGCGAAGCGACAUGCGAUUUGCUCGAUCGCAUAGCCUCUCAUCCAGCCGGGCGACAUUUCUGGUCUCACCUUACCCGCUUUGCGAAGCUGGGCUAUUUCAGGGUGAAACGUGACCGUGAUGCUGCGCAGAGCCCUAUCUCUGGUCCUGCUUCUGGCUCUAGCUCUCCCACUACCGCCAAUGUUGGCGCAAGCUUUGGCGGUGAACCACAAAGCCUAGUCGGUGUUGCUCUUGGAGAUAGUAGCUUCCAGCGGAGAAGCUGA